UGUUGGGACGUGUGGGGGCGGCUAGCGCGACUGGUUGCCGAUGAAACGAAUGGCCUAAACACGGCCAAGCCAAGCGGGAAGCCGACGCUGGACUGGCGGGCCGGGGUCAAACAACAACACGACACACACACCGUCUGCCUCAUGUACCCCGCAGUCCUCGACACACCACAAUAACACUCGCCCACCAUGGAGGACCAAGUAGCGGCUCUCCUCGCGGCCCUCAAGAAGCCCUCGACCAAUGUUGACACGCGCCUGCAGCUGUUCGCUGCCGUCAAAUCCUCCAUCAAGCAUGGGCGCGUCCCAGAAGCCUGCCAGGACUCUACCUUCGAAUGCAUCUGCAUUGCCAUGAGCGCCGCCACCUCGGCCGCCCUGGUCUCCACCGGCUUCGCGACGCUGAGCCACUUCAUCAAGCGCCUGCAGCUGCAGGACGAAACCUCCAUCAUCACAUCGCAGUCCGGCCGCCUGCUUGCCAUUCUUGUCGACCGCCUGGGCGAUGCGCGCGAGAGCCACCGACACGCCGCCGGCCAGCUCCUCGCCGAUCUGCACCCAUUGUGUCCUGCGCAGGUCGAGACGGUCAUCCAGAAUGCCAUGAAAGGCGCGAACCCGCGUGCCAAAGAGGCCUCGAUGCCCUGCCUCGUGAAGAUGAACAAGACCGACAGUCUGCCGUUCAAGUCCUAUGUGCCCCAGCUGGUAGCCAACCUCGAAGAUGCCGACGCGGGCGUUCGCGAGGCUGCCAAAAUUGCGGUUGUGGAGCUUUUUAGAACUGCGCCAGAACGCGCAAAGGUAGAUCUGAGAAAACAGCUUGUAGCUGCCAACGUACGCAAGACCAUUGCGACCUACAUCACUUCGCACAUGGACGACGCCAGUCCCGUCGAAGCAGAAUUACCACCAGCUCCGGUCCGACCACUCCCUACCGCACGCGCACACACACUACAGCCUGAUACAGGCUUCGCUGACAGCAUCCUCAGCGAGGCGCCCCCACCGUCAAAUGAGCCUGUUUCCAUGGACCCGCUUCAUAUCUACACGCAGCGCGAGCUGGAAGACAUCUUUCGCGAUAUGGGACCGCCCUUUGAAGGUAAAGAGUCGGAGCAGAACUGGAUAGCACGAGACAAGAAUACGACCAAGUUGCGACGGAUAACAAAAGGCAACGCGCCGGGCGAAUUCCACGGUGCAUUUGUGGCAGGGAUCAAGUCUCUUUUGGACGGGAUCUUGAAAGUCGCAAACUCUUUGCGUACAACAAUGUCAUCCAACGGAUGCCAGCUGGUGCAAGACCUUGCCAAUACUUUGGGAUCCGCGAUUGACCCAUGGGUGGAAAUUCUACUCCAGACCUUCAUCAAAAUGUGCGCCGCAACUAAAAACAUUGCUGCGCAAAACGGAAACAAAACUGUAGAGGCCAUCAUGUCGAACGCAUCCUACACGACGCGUCUGCUGCAGCACGUUUCUUUCGCAUCGCAGGACAAGAACGUGCAGCCGCGAAGCUUCUCUUCGAAUUGGGUCAAGGCCUUGAUUCGCAAACACAAAACACAGAUCGAGCACUCUGGAAUGGACACAAUCGAAAAAAUCCUGAAAAAAGGACUCGCAGAUGCUAACCCCAAAGUUCGAGAAGUCUAUCGAAGCACCUACUGGACAUUCGCCCUUGUCUGGCCCCAGAAGGCUGAAGCAAUUUUUGAUACACUUGAGAAGCGCGAGAAGACCGGUCUGGAAAAAGAUCCCAACAAUCCAAACACAUCACUUGCAUCAUCGCAAAGUAGUGCUGCCGCGUUCUCGAAGUCCGUGGGCCCUGGCGCUGGACGCGAAUUGUUGAAGGCGAAGAUUGCUGAGCAAAGGAGAGCAAAGCUGGGUGCCGUGAAAGGUGUUCCCGAACGCCCCAAUUCUGCUCAAGCCAGUUACUCACCUGUGAAAUCUGCAUCAGCAAAAUCUCUAGGAUCCUCAAAGUCGUCGUCAACCACUGCACCAGCGUCAUCUGGUAUGGGCAGACCACCUUCGGCACUUGGAAGCGCAACCAAAUCAGCAUUGUCAGGUAACGGUACUGGCUCUUUGAUGAGCGGCACAGCUAGACGACCAAUGCGACGACCUGAACUACAUAGGCCCGCAACAGCCGAUCCUUAUGCAGUACGGCGUGCCGCUACAGGCAAGGUGACUCCCUCAAUGACGACUCCCGAGAAGACUCCCGCUCCAACUACGACUAAGAAAGCCAUUGCACCUAAAAGCAUCAGUCGUCCACGAGCGCACACUCAGAACAGCCCAAGCGUCAGCCCUGUGCGUAGCAAGUCUAGACUUGGUGAAGUUGCAACGCACCGCAAUGCGCCCAGCAUAAGUUCCCGACACGGUAGCCCAGCCAUCAGCCCUUCUAAAGACGAGGAUCUGACAUUGGUCAAACCGUUUGUGCGUUCGCAAAGCCACCAUGAACCCAGUGGCAUUGCAUUUCGACAUCAACAGAGUCCCAACGCUUCUGUCGACGUCGACGUACUCGAUAUGGGAGACGAGGAUAAUUUCACCAUGGUCAUACCGAAUCUCGGCAGGCCUCAAGCUCACGCCGCGCAGCGCAGUCCACCCAAAUCGACUGCGCCGGCCAGCCGGUUGGCGGUAGGAAGUCCCCGCAACUCGCCUUUGAGGAGCCCUAAGUCUAUGGGUGAUGUUGGCGUCGGGGCUGCUCGGAGCAUUCGCAUGCGAUCGCCGGAUAGGCCAAGCACACGAGGCACGGACGCACAGGAAGAGGUCCAAGUUUAUGAAGAUCCUUUUGUGGGCGAGGAACCCACUACUGUUUCUACAGAAGGCGAAAAACCAGUUUUGGAAGAGCUGCCGUUGAAUGAGAAGAAUGCCGAGCGUAGACACAGCUUUCAGAGCUUGGAUCGUGACACUAUGAUGGGCGAGGCAAAUGGAACACCCGUGCGCGGCCACCACAAGACUACGAGCACCGGGAGCGUCCUGCACACAGAUCCAGGGGAGGCUAACGGCCCCGAACUCUCCAAGAACCGACAACUCCUUGCCAGCGGUAUCAAGAAAAUUCAGAAUCAAACGGUCGAGGCACACAUGUUCCGACGACUUCAAGAUAUGGUCAAGUCUAACCAGGAUAUCUGGGGUUCGAACGACGAAAAGUUCAGCGAAUUGCUUCUGGCUUGCCUGGAGUAUCUCGAGAUUCCAGCCGAUCUUCUAAAAUCACCUCCCGCGAAAAUUGCCAACCUGAAGGUUCAGGCACUAGCGACCAUUCGCGCUAUGCUCUCUUUGUAUCGCAAAGAGACGGCACGUCACUUCUCUCGUGUGCUUUGCACUCUGCUGCAGACAAAGUCACAAUAUGAAAACAGCUCGCACAUUGCCAUCGACAUCGAGGCCACCGCCGACGAGAUCGUUCGUUACGGUCAGACGUCGGAGUGCUUGGACGCCGUGCUUUCCCUAGUCGAAGGCACGCCUGCAUCUACGCCAACUGCCUCUCCCAAUUCGAAGUCCUCUUCGACCUCCUCGGCAUCAAUCCCAUCUAACCGGACCACGACCAUGGCUCUCAGCACGUUAUCUUCGCUCAUCCAAAUCUCCGGCGCGAAAAACAUCCCCUUAACGCAAGAACAGACCGCCAGACUGGGCAGGCUAGCUGUACGAUGUCUGGAUGACACCGACGCUGACGUGCGCAAAGCGGAUAUUGACGUCUGCGUCUCGCUGCAUGAGCGCAUCGGUGGCGACAAGGAAGUAUUUUGGAAGGCUGUUGCCGGCGCAAGAGAACAACACCUCAAUCUUUUGACGUACUAUCUUGCGAAGCGCAGCAAAACUUAGAGAGCUUUGUUUUCUUGGCCACGAAGGUUGAGGUAAUGGGAACAUCGGCUAGCCCACCCAGAUCCCUUCAACGCCUCGUUCGCUUUAUCAUCUCGUUACACUUUCGCUUCGUGCAUGGCGUUGGGACUUUUUGGGCUGGGUGGUCUCUUCAUAGUGGCGUUGUAAGAAAAGUAGGCGGUUCGGUCCUGGUCUGGUGGCAUAAUUUCUAACAGUAGCGUUUACUUGUAUAUCCUGAGCAGCUUCUUCGGGCACUCUUCCGU